AGAUUUGCCUCUGUAUCUUCCUUCUUGUCAACGGAUUCUCAAGACUUCUACACACAAAAUAUAUAAAUAUAUAAUAUAUACAUACACGAUACGUACAAAUUUAUAAUAAAAAGGGGUCGAGCUAUCUUUCAUCAGCUUGUGAUUUCUGCUUUUUGAUCGAUCGAUCCGUUGUAGAUCGAUCGGUCUCUGAAUCUUUAGCCUAAAGGUCUGAUGGUUUGUUCUAUAAUUGGAAUGGAUUUGAUUAUGAUUUGUUUAGAAGAAUGGGUCAUGGGUGGUUUUUAAGAUGGUUGAAAUUUUGGGAAUGUGAUAACAGGACUAUUGGGAGUAUUUGGUGAUUUUUCGAGAUGUCUCGGGGGUUUGGGGAAGCAUCAAGCUUGUCGAGAAGCUCUUCAUACUCUGCGAAUAAUGCUGGUAACGGUGAUGCUGGUAAUUUUGAGUGUAAUAUCUGCUUUGAUUUAGCACAAGACCCAAUUGUUACUUUAUGUGGUCAUCUGUUUUGCUGGCCUUGUUUGUACAAAUGGCUCCACAUUCACUCUCAGUGUCAGGAGUGUCCUGUUUGUAAGGCCCUUAUUGAAGAGCAUAAGUUGGUUCCUUUGUAUGGACGGGGUAAGAAUUCGACAGACCCGAGGUCGAAGUCGAUACCUGGAGUUGAGAUUCCUCAGCGUCCAGCUGGUCAGAGACCGGAGACGGCUCCUCCACCUGAUACAAACCAUUUUCCCCAACCAGGCUUUGGUUUCAUGGGUGGGUUAGGAGGAUUUGCACCUGCAGCUACUGCGAGGUUUGGUAACUUUGCUGUCUCGGCAGGUUUUGGAGGUCUUAUUCCAUCUUUGUUUAACAUUAACGUUCAUGGGUUUCCUGGUGCUAACAUGUAUGGUGGAGCUGCUAACUUUCCCUAUGCUUAUUCAAGUCCAUUUCAUGGUGGUCAUGCACAUGGAUUUCCACAUCGGCGUGUGACCCAAGAAGAGCAAGCCGAUUUUUCUCUGAAGUUGCUGUGUUUGGUAGUUUUGUUUUUUGUGUUCGUGACUCUUCUAUGGUCUUGAGGUAAUAUUGCAACCAUUGCUUGAUGGUUAAUGUAAUAGGUUCUGUCAAUAUUGACUCAGCUCUUGCACUUAGUGUAACACUUUUUUUUUAAUCAUAAUUUUGCAAGCACUCUUGGUCUUGUACUGGCUGAGCAAUUGUUUAUAUUCUAUUUGUAAGAACAAAUAUAGCCUUUCUUUGUUUUCAGGAUUUGUAAUAUAUCUUGGUUCGUCCUUAAA